CUAGCUGGAGAGAUAGAUUGUGGGAAUUGGAUAAUGAUUUUUAAAGUAUUUUUUUAUGUAGUUACAUAAAAGCCAGAAUGCAGGUUUCCGCACCAAAUAAUAUAAAAAUUUAUAAUCUCAGCUCUGGAAAAUCCCUUCCUGAGUGGUUAUCUGAACGAAAACGAAGAAGUUUAUCGAAGAAUGUCGAUAUACGACGACGUAUCGAACUUAUACAAGACUUUGACAUGCCUGGCAUAAGCACAUCUAUUAGAGUUUCUAAAGAUGAGCAAUACAUUCUUGCAACAGGGAUUUAUAAACCACGUGUAAAAUGUUUUGAUGUACACAAUUUGGCAUUGAAAUUUGAGAGAUGUUUUGAUUCUGAAAUAGUUACUUUUGAAACAAUAUCGGAUGACUACAGCAAAAUAGUAUUUCUGCAAUGCGAUCGUAGCGUUGAGUUUCAUGCUGCUCAUGGAAAGUAUUAUAAGCUCAGAGUACCAAACUUUGGAAGGGAUCUAAAAUAUCAUUACCCAUCAUGUGAUGUUUUCAUUGUGGGCGAUAGUAAUAAAAUAUAUAGGAUAAAUCUCGAACGUGGUCAAUUUUUGCAAUCGUUUGAAACGGAAGCAACAACGAUAAAUAAGUGCGAGAUAAAUCCGUUGCAUCAUUUACUCACAGUUGGCACUCAGGAAGGAAAAAUAGAAGCUUGGGAUCCGAGAGUGAGGAAUAAAGUAGGCGUACUUGAUUGUGUCCUACAUUGCAUUACUCAAGAGAAAUUGGAAACAGUUCCCGCAAUUACUGCCUUAAAAUUUCAAGGAGGAUUGAAUUUAGGAGUUGGUACAUCAACUGGACAUGUAUUGAUAUAUGAUAUAAGAUCUAAUAAACCACUUUUAGUUAAAGAUCAUAUGUACGGAUUACCGAUCAAAUGUAUAGAUUUCCACCAAAAGAUGGAUCUUGUUUAUUCCAUGGACAGUUCCAUUGUAAAAAUAUGGAAGAAGGAUAGUGGUAAACUUUAUACUUCUAUAGAAGCUCAACAUAAUUUCAAUGAUUUAUCUGUCAUACCGAACAGUGGUAUGUUGCUGACAGCUAAUGAAAGUGUGAAAAUGCAAGUAUAUUACAUUCCCAGUCUUGGCCCUGCCCCAUACUGGUGCAGUUUCCUUGACAAUCUUACGGAGGAAUUGGAAGAACUGAAUUAUGAUAUCAUCUAUGAUGAUUACAAAUUUGUAACCGAUAAGGAAUUGGACGAAUUAAGUCUUUCACAUUUGAAGGGCACUAAUUUACUCAGAGCUUAUAUGCACGGCUAUUUUAUGGAUAUCCGAUUAUAUAGGAAAGCAAGGGAUGCAAUGAAACCAUUUGAAUUUGAAGAAUACAAAAAAAAGAGAAUUCGUGACAGGAUUAAAGAGGAGGCCGUCAGCAGAGUACAAAUACAAAAGUUACCAAGUGUGAAUCAGGAGUUGGCGUUGAAACUGAUGGGGAAUGCAAAUAUUAAUAAUAAAAAGAAACAAACGUCUUCUAAUCUGCUGAAAGACGAACGAUUUAAAGCUCUCUUUAACAAUCCUGAUUUCCAAGUAGAUAAAAACUCCGAGGAAUACGCUUUAUUAAAUCCUGUUGUCUCCCAACUUGCUAAAAAUAAAGUUAAAAAAUUGAAACGACAAGUGCCAAAUGAAGAAGAAGAGAAACAAGAAGAUAAAAUUUAUGAGGAUAAAUCAAAUGGCAAUAGUUCUGAUGAGAGCUUUAUUCACGACAGUUCCGACAAUGAUAGCUCAGAUGACGAGAAACAGUGGGUUAAAGAAGUUCAAAAGAAUUAUCGAUUAAUAAAGAAAACUGAAAGAGAAAGGGAACAGCAGAAUGAAGACAAUAUUAACCCGAUUCCAAAGUAUGAAUUGAAGAUGGAUAAAAUUAAAGAUCAAGUCAAGUUCGAGGAUGGCGGUCCGCAAAAGAAAAAACAGAAUAAGGCGACGUUCGGUGCAAGAUUGGAAAAUGAAGAAACGCAUAAUAUAAAAGUCUCCGGUUCGCGUGGUAGUAGAGAGAUGACUUUUGUCAUUAGAAAAGUAGACUGUAAUAAUAAAUAUAAGAAUGAUACAAAUCUACCUCAACAAAAUCGUGAAGAAUAUACGGAGAUCUUCGUACCAUCUAUAUUAACAAGUAUAACAACUUUUCAAAGCACAGAUCAAGUAGAUGAAAUUACGGAAGAUUAUGAGAACUUCAUCAGUACAUCAGCUGUACUUCAUUAUUGUAAACAUAAAAUAUUGAGACCUUACCUGAGGUUAUUAGGAGUGAUGGGAUUAAGACCAACUAACAGUGAUGACUCCGAUCAUUUUCUACGAUGUUCGAUUUUAUCGAAUCUUCAUACAAUUCAAGUUACUAUAUUUAUAUGUAUUGGAUAUAUUUUACAAUACAUGGCUUGCUUCAGACGAGACCGAGGAUUCUGUUACAAAGUAUCCUUGGAACAAAAUAGACUAGAUGUCAGCGAGGAACAGACGCAGGAACCGUCCUGUUAUGGAAAUGUGAUAUUCAGCUAUUUAAUCCCAAGUAUAUUACAUUUAGUAGCGUAUUUAUAUACGAUAUAUUUAUUUCGCGUCAAGGAAAACGAGCAACUGCAGAAUCUAAUGGAGAGAGCGUUUCUGCUCUCCUCGAAUCCGAUCAAUCAUGGCAAUCAAAAGCGUCUUGUACACAUACUAUGGUUAUUCAUAGCAUUAAGUAUAGUAUGGAUAAUCAUGGCACUGGUCACAGUGAAUAUUCAGAUGGCAGAAAGAAAUAUUGUGUUUCAAUGGAUGGAAAAUAGUCCAUAUCAAGUAAAAAUAGUGUUAAAAGUAUUCCUAAUCAUCUGCACCUUAUGGCACGAUAUGGUCCAAGGAACCAUUAUAACAAGCUACUGUCUGCAAGGGCAGCUAUUGAUGUCACAUCUUUACUUUUUACGCGGAAAGCUGCUUCAACAUGUUCUGCUGCCUAUCGAUUGGAUGAGGGAUAUCGAUGAAUUCAAGAAACUGUUGAAAUACUUUAAUGACGAAUUAGGCCCAGCUGUCUGCAUUUAUACUAUAGUUAAUCUGUCAUGGGCAGUCGCGGGUAUCAUAUGGUUAUUUCAAUAUUAUAUCAACAAUGGAGACAGUCAUCAUGUUACAUAUGUUAAUGCAAUGAAUGUUGUAUUAUGGAUUUUGAUUUCAAUUGCUCCAUUUAUACAGGCUGCUCGCUUAACGAAUGCCUGCUCCACGAUUCGAGCUGUAGGACACGAAAUACGUAUACGGCCAUUCGUGUAUCAAACCACUCCAGGCGAAGAUCUCGAUAGUAUACUCUUGUAUACGUCUUCUUUAAAAAUGUGCGCCAAGCUGUUCAAGAUCCCUAUCAAGAGUAGAUAUUUAUGUCUUUUGCUAACUAUUGGCAGUAUUUCUAUUCUCACUUUAGGACAAUGCGAGUUUUUCUCGUAA